AGCCAAAGCGGCCUCGCCGGUCUCUGGAGCCUGCCUUGUCUGCGGCUGAUGGGGGAAUGCGGCAGGCUGGGGCUGCUGCUGCUUUCCUAGGAGGAGGGCUGGGCUGAGAGCCAAGCUGUGGGUUCCUCUGGCAAUGAAUUCCGCCGGCCAGCCCCAGAUGCGGUCUUUAUUUCUCGCCAUCCUCCCCGGGGCAGCAUGAUGGGUGGGGGGGUCACAAGUCAUCCUUCUCAGCAACCCUCCCCCCCCCAAGUGUCUGUGACUGGGGGUGGGGUUUCGCUCCUCGCGUGCAGACCAAGGCUGCCUGCGCCACUUUUCCGGGCGGCUCUUAGCCGCGGCAUCCCGCUCCUCCUUGGGGCUGCUGGGCUGGCUGGUGGCUCCCCUCCCGGCGGACGUCACGUGCCGGAGAUGCAGCUGGAGCCGGCGACGAGGAGGAGCUGCAGCCACUGCCUCUGCCUGCCCACUUCGCCACCGGGCCCGGCCAGGGCGAGGGCUGCGGGCGCCUGGAGAAGGUCUCCUUUGCAUGCCUUCCCGGGAAGCGGCCUCCUUGCGGCCUGGCCUGCAGCCCAGCGCUCUUCCAUGGGUAGCCUCAGCGCAGCGGGUGUCUUGGUGAGCGCUGCUGAGGAUGGAUAGCGCCCCCCAGCUGACCGGAGAAACGCUGAUCGUCCACCACAUCCCCCUGGUGCAUUGCCAGGUCCCCGACCGGCAGUGCUGCGGUGCCAGCCAGCGGACCAACCCCUUCGGCCAGUCGGAGCUGGGGGCGGCGCGGACCAGCUGCCUCUCGGAGCGGGACCUCUCUCAGGCGGACUCCUUGGGCUUCAGCAGCUUGCUCCAGGCUUCAGAGCCGGGCCCGGCCUCGGCCGAGACGCCAGAAGACCGAGGCAGGCGGCAGCUGGCGGCCCCCAAGCGCCACAACCCCUUCCAGCGGAGCCAGAGCGAGGCCCAGGAGCUCGGCGAGGAUGAGCCGGGCCAGAAGUCCUUCCACCUCCACCCCGGCCAGUCGGCCUCCCACCUGCAGGCACUGAUGCCGCCGCCCUUCCACCUGCACGACGCCGCCAAGGCUGGGCUGAAGCCCUGGAGCGCUGCCAGCCGCUUGGAUGUGGCGGAGGGCCAGGAGGAGCAGCUGACCGGCGAGGAGGCCCGCAAGAGGAGCCGCCUGGCGCCCGAGUGCAUGGAGCUGGACGAGUACAGCUGCCAGGGAGGGGACCCCGCCAGCCUCUCCUUUGAGCAGGAGUGGGCCAGCGAGGCCGACGAGCUAAUGGCCAACCCGGAGGAGGGGCGCAGCCGGAUGUGCAGCUGCUCCAGCUCGGAGCUGCAGCGCUGCCGCUGCUCCAGCCUCUCCAGCCAGUCGGAGCCGCCGGGCUACAUCAGUGACUCUUCCUGCAACAGCUCGGACGGCGUCCUGGUGAACUUCAGCGCCCUCUACCACAAGAUGAACGGCCACUCCCAUGCCCACCGCUCCUGCACCUCCUCCUCCUCCGGCAGCCACUCGGAGACGGGGGCCUUUUACCUGGACUUGCACUCCUCGCCCACCACCGACGCCAAGAUGCCCUGUGGCUCCGGCCAGGCCUGUGGGUGCCACGGGGCCGCUUCCCCCGUCUUGGAUGCCAACUGCAACUCCUGCCCGCCCCUCUGCGAGCCCUGUGCCUCUGAGGGCUCGGACCUCACGGCCUGCUUCCAGAGCCAAGCGCGGCUAGUGGUGGCCACCCAGAACUACUACAAGCUGGUCACCUGCGACCUCUCCUCCCAGUCUUCUCCCAGCCCGGCGGGCUCUUCCAUCACCAGCUGCUCGGAGGAGCACGGCAAGGGCAGCCCCCUGCAGCCCACGGAGUACUACCUGUUCCAGCGGCCCGAGAGCGAUUCGGAAGGCUCCCGGGAGGAGUCGCAGGGAGAGGCCGCGAGGGAGGCCAUCGAGGGGCAGGUCUAUGUCAACAUUUCCCCUCCCACCCUCGCUGGCGGGAGGCAGCGUUCCCGGAGCUACGACCGCAACCUGGACCGCAGCCCCACCAGCCGCCUGGGCUCCUUGGAGCGCAUGCUGAGUUGCCCAGUCCAGCUGAGCGACAGCCCUGCCCUGGCCCUCCAGAGCUCCCCCCCCAAGAGGGUCACCUCCUUUGCAGAGCUGGCCAAGGGCCGGAAGAAGAAUGGCUCCUCUCCCCCGCUCCGGGCCAGCCGGGACUCCUCCCUGGAGUUCUCCCCCAUUCCGGAGUGCCAGAAGGACAGCGGGGCCUUCCUGGACAAGCGGGGGCCAGGCCACAGCCAGAGCCUGCCCCCGCUGCCCUUGCUUCACUCUCUCCACCGCAGCUGCGAAGGCUACCACCACCACGCCGAGGGCGGGCUGAACACCUCUGGGAGGGGGACACCUUCCUGUGGGGAAGGGGGGCUUGAGCAGCCAUUUCUCUCGGCCUGGGUGGAGGCAGGGACCGGUCCUGCCGGCGGCCUCGGACAGAAGGACGUUCGCGCCCGAGCUGAUGGCGGCGCAGGCGGCCACAAGGCGGUGGUGCGCUACAGCAAGGACCAGCGGCCGACCACGCUGCCCAUCCAGCCCUUCGUCUUCCAGCACCACUUCCCCAGGCAGCCCAAGGCCCGGGCCCUGCACAGCCACUUGGCCUCCAGCCUCUCCCAGCUCUACAGCCGCUCGGGCGGGCAGCCGCUCUCCUCCACCUCUCAGUCCUCGGCCUCGGCCAGCUCCGCCGAGCAGCCCAUGGUGGUGGUGGUGGGGCACAGCCAGCGCUCGGCCGACGGCGCCGCUGCCAAGAAGCCCGGCCCAGAGACCGCCCGCCCCUCCCCGCUGGGCAGCUACUCUCCCGUGCGCAGCCACUGUGUGCCUUCCUUCCCCAGCGCGGACUCUUCCUCCGGCUCGCCCAGCCCCGAGAGCAGCCAGCCUCCCCGCAGCCGCUCCUGCCCGGCCUCGGCCAACCUCCUGCCCACCAGGCCCUCCCCGGCCACCCGUGCCGACACCUUGCCGAGGAGGGAGGAGGAGAGCCCCCCCCAGCUGGCCCCCAAGCAGGAGGGGCUGACCCAGGGCCCGGCUGCCCUGCCUGCCGCCUGCCAGCUCCAUGGCGGCUCGGGGGGGCUGAGCAUGACCACAGCCGGGGGCCAGCCUGAGCCCCACUGGAAGGUUGGCUGCAGCGAGGCCAUCAGCACCGGGACGACGACGGGCACCAUCCUCUCCCGGCCCCUCAAUGCGAACCAUCUCUCUCCACAAGCACUCAAGUGGCGGGAGUAUCGGCGAAGGAACCCUCUGGGACUGGACCGCGUCUCGGGGCUGGCGUGCAGCCUGGACUGGAAGCCGCAGGAGAGCAGGCUGCCCUGGAGGAACCCCAUCUUCGACUUCCCCAGCACUGCCCUGAACGGGGGACGGGCCAGCUGCCGGCUCAACGGGCAGUCAGUGAAGCAGCUGCAGCUCAACUACUCCGACUUCUUCCCAGACUACUUCUCCUUGGCAGAAAAGCCCCCAGCCGAGUUCUGCCUCUCGCCAGACGGCAACACGGAGUCCAUCUCCAUUGACCUGCUGCAGAAGAAAGGUCUGGUCAAGGCCAUCAACAUGGCUGUGGAUCUGAUCGUGGUGCAUUUUGGGACCAGCAGAGACCCCGGCGUGAAGGCCAAGCUGGGAAACAGCUCCGUGAGCCCCAACGUGGGACAUCUCAUCCUGAAGUACCUGUGCCCAGCCAUCCGCGACGUCCUGAGCGACGGGCUCAAGGCCUACGUGCUGGAUGUCAUCAUUGGCCAGAGGCGGAACCUCCCUUGGAGCGUGGUAGAGGCCUCCACCCAGCUGGGCCCUUCCACCAAGGUCCUGCACAGUCUGUACAGCAAGGUCAGCCAGUACCCGGAGCUCUCCAGCCACACCAUGCGCUUCAACGCCUUCGUCUUUGGCCUUCUCAAUGUCAGGUCGCUGGAGUUCUGGUUCAAUCACCUCUACAACCAUGAAGACGUCAUCCAGGCCCACUACCAGCCGGUGGGCUUCCUGCCGCUGGCUCACGGGGUCUGCCAGGGCCUCUUUGAGGAGGUGCUGCUGCUGCUCCAGCCCCUCUCGCUGCUGCCCUUCGACCUGGACCUGCUCUUCGAGCACCAGCUGCAGCAGAUGGGCCGGGAGCAGCAGCAGCAGAAGGCGCUGCUCCGGGGCAAGCAGGACCUGGUGCUCUCGGCCCACUCCACCCUCCAACUGAUGAGGACCCGAGGGGGGGGGAGCAGUGGAGGCGGUGGCGGCAGCUGGGAGGCCGAGCAGGAGCCGGUCCCGGAGAAGGCAGCCCAAGCCGAGAGGGCCAAAGGGCUGGGAGGCCCAGAGGCAGAGGCGGCGGCCGCGGAGCAGCAGCAGCGGCGGUGGAAGGCGGCCCGGGAGAAGGAGAAGCAGGCCAGCUGGUGGUUCCAGCUCAUGCAGAGCUCGCAGGUCUACAUCGAGGGGCCCGCCGAGGGCUCUCGCCUCAUCCACUGCGAGCGGAAGAAGAAGGCGGGGGCCAAGAAGGGCCCCCCUCCGAGGGAGGGAGUGGUGGAAGGGGCUGAGGCUGGCCCCAUCUCGGAAGUGCCGGUCCAGAACAGACCCCCGCCAGUGGAGGCUGCCGAGCCCGCCCCUUGGAGGCCAGAGCCCUCGGCCAAGGACGGGGCCAAGGAGAAGAGCCGGCCCUUCUGGAUGGGCAGCCCCCCGGACUCCGUGCUCACCGAGCUGAAACGCACCAAGCAGAAGGAGGCUGGGCCCAGCCGGCAGCAGCAGGGGCUGGAGGAGAGGAGCGCCAGCGCCCCCGAGAGCAGCCAGCCCAAAUGGGGGCACCUCUUUGGCUCCCGGAAAAUGCCCAAGGACUCCAAGCAGCCCAACCGGCUGCCUUCUGGCUGGCUGAGCUUGGACCGCUCCGUCUUCCAGCUGAUGGCGCAGACCGUGGGGGCCGCCGGCGUGUGGAGAGAGGCAGCCUCGGAGCCGGAGAGGCUGCCGGCGGCGGCAGAGCCGCUCCCUCCUUGGCCCCAGCAGCCGCCGCCGGGCAGGGGAGUGUCCCUUGAGACGCCCCGGGAGGUGAAGGCGCUCUGCCACCACAUCGCCACCGAGGCCGGCCAGCUGAGCUUCAAGAAGGGGGACGUCCUGCGGGUGCUGGCCAAAGUGGAUGCCGACUGGUUGCGGUGCAGCCGAGGAGGAAGAGGAGGAGGGGAGAGCGGGCUGGUGCCCAUCAUGUACGUCGCCCACAUGGAGGACGAGGACUACUGAGGGCAAGGAGAGCCCAGCAAAGCACAGAACCCCGCAGCCCGACUGGCCGCCCAGGGAGACCGCAGCGGUGGCAGCAGCAGCAGCAGCUGUGGCGUCCCCCUUGCCCCUUCCGUGGAAACUUCGUCAGUGUAGCUGUUCCUUGCCCUCCGCCUUGGGGGUCGCCUCGCCCCAUUGGCAGGGAUCUCAUGUUGCCAAGCGGCACCGUGCAUGCCCCCCCCCCGCCACUGCCGCCCCCCUUUCCACCAAGGAACUCUUCUGCACUCCUUCACUCCUGCCGUCCCGUCCGCUCCGCCUCCACACAGACUUCCGGAGGGGGUGCCCUCACCCAGAGUGGUGGUGCAGCCUGUGUCAAACUACAGCCCCCAGCAUGCAUUGCUCCUCCUCCAUCUGAGUCUGCUGGCAGGGGCCUCUUCUCUGCAGGCUGCCCCUGGUGGGUGCAGGCAGAACUGCAGGGAACCCUGCUCUAGAACCUCUAGAACUGUGUGCUAACAUAUAUUAACAUGCCAUUGUGUCUUGUGUCCCCCCACCAUGGCGCAGGGGCUUUUGUGCAGCCCGCGGGAGCAGACCCACCUCCAGGGCCCCUGGAUUCAGGGGGAGGGAGCGGGGAGGACAGCCCCCCUCAGAGGGAACGUAGUCCAGCCUGUGUGUGUCUGUUGUGCUUUGAUAGAGGUUGAUGGCCGUUCUGUGUUAGAAGUAGCUGGUCUGUGGGGUCUCCUACAAAGGGGGAUGGGGGAGGGGGGAGCUGCUGGCAUGGGGUGAGGGGCUGUGCUGCCAGCCACAGUGGGGUCCUCCGCGGGCUUCUCAAUGGAUCUAACAGCACAGACAGCAGCAGAAGGGCACGGCCCGGGCAGUGCUGGUGGAACUGCCUGCCACAUAUUGGGGGAGGGUUUUCUGUGGGCCUGGGAGCCCCACCACUGCCCCCUUCUGUGUUGUGUUCCUCCCCUCCGAGGGGAAACAUGAUGGGGAAGCUCUCGGCCUUGUGCCCCCCUGCUGACCCCUCUGUCGCCAAUGGGCAGGAUGGGGGCAAAGGCCUGCCAGUCAGUAUUCGGGAGCUGGGUGGGGGUUGGGUCCACCCCCCGCCUGCCUUGCCUCACGGGGGGUCUCUGAUCAGAGGUUGCAAAGUGGCUCCUGCGUGGACAUGGCUCCUGCAGAGAUGGCGCCAUCUUUGAUUUGUAGUUCUGGCGUUAGAACAGGGUGUCUGGCCUUUAUUUAUUUCUUUAUUUAUGAUGCAUAUUAAUAAAAAAAGGUGCUGGUUAAGAGCC